GCGCGCUAUUUAAAAAAGGACAGUGGUAUUUUUCCUCGCUGAGUAAAUUUGUUUGUUUUGAUCGUUUAUUACAUAUCAAGACUACUGUUUUCACUGUAAUUGAAUUUAUUUCAGUUAAAGUAUACGACUAAAGUAUCGUUUUUACUGUUCUGUCGUUGGUACUCUUGAGUACCUCUUUUUCAACUGUAUCUGUUAGUACUUUUGGUCCCAGCAAUCUACAGCUCUUCACUUUUGGUCACUGAUAAAUUUUUUGUUUCUGAGUAUCAUCACAGUUUAAAAAAGAACCCCUCCUAAAUGACCGGACAGUGUAAAAAAGCAGUUGUCAACGUCCGGGUUGUCGUUAUCCUGUUGAAAGCGGCAUGCAGUGCGACGAGUGCAAAGGCUGGUACCACGAAGUUUGCACGAACUUAACGCCUGCUGCUUUCAAACGGUUCAGUAAGAAGGGUUGUGUGUGGCUUUGUCAACAGUGCUGCUCGGAUGCAAACAGCUUGCUAACCGAGGCCAUCUCACUGGUUGAUGCUGCAAAGAAGUGUUUUAGCAAGCAUAGUCGGAACGCGUCAAACAGCACUCGAUCUGUCGACACGCAAAUCAACGUGAAGGAAACUAAGGUUAGUCCGGUGAUAGAUGACUCACGCCCGUCAAAGAAGGAAAAGCAGUCUCCAAAGAGGCCUGCCUUAAAAAAAUAGCUCAAGAAAAGUAGGGUCUUCUGUUCCCCGUCCUCCAGAUGGGAUCCAACAGGAAACAUCUAGAAGCCGCAAUCGCAAGGCUCGAUCGGUUUCGAACGGUAAACAUAACACGACCUCUCAGAUCGUCGACAACCCCCCAAAACCCAACACUAGGUUUGACGCAACUGUUAUUGCUUCUACCAGCACCGUUGACGAAUGGGUAAAGGUUGUAAGGAAGAAAAGUAGGGAUAUAAAAGAGAAACCUGCCCCCGUAAGAGUGGUUGAAAAAUCGAAAGCUGAUCAUAGCGACAGAUCAGCUAUUUUUCAUAGAAUUAAGGAGAGCGAGAGCUCUGAACCUAAAGCUCGUUUUGAGCAUGACAUUGUACUGGUUAGGCAGCUGCUUAAUCAACUCAUGCCUCAAAAUAUGACCGGGGUCACCUUGCUAAAGGUGUACAGACUAGGAAGUCUAACGGACUCGAAACCAAAUAAUUCCAGACUGCUUAAAGUAGUAUUCAGCUCUUCGAACGAACGUGACCUAAUUUUACAAAAUGGACACAAAUUAAAGGGUUCAGGAGUCUUUAUCCGAAAGGACCUACCGUUGGCAGACCGUGUUAAAAGACGGGAAGCCGAGAAAGAACUACAACAUAGGUUAGACGCUGGCGAAAAGGACCUGAAAUGUAAAUUUUCGGGUUGUAAGACUUCGACAGAGAAUGAUGCCGAAGCCACUCUGGGUGAAGCACGAAGGUACUUAAACGGGCUUCGGAUCUGUUACACCAAUGCACGAAGCUUACUUAAUAAGCGAUCGGAACUAGGUGUACAGAUUGACUCUACAAAGCCAGAUAUAAUCGCAGUAACAGAAACCUGGCUGACACAGGCUAUAGAUAGUAUAGAACUUGAUUUCGAGGCUUUACGUUAGUAAGGGCCGACAGAACACAAAAACGCAAAGGAGGGGGAGUAGCUCUAUUCAUUAGGAAUGCUAUCCCAUUUGCCAUUAUCGAUAGUGUAUCCCAUGAGAGUGGGACGUGUGAAUUAGUUAGUCUUCGCUUAAAAUGCAAGGGACAAGAGCUGCUGAUUGGUUUGGUCUAUCGCAAUCCAAGCUGUGAGGCAAAUGAGAUCCUGUUAAGCAGUCUCAAUACUUGGUCCCAAAGUGGUCGAUGUCUAAUCCUAGGGGACUUUAAUGCACCUACGGUAGACUGGGAAAAUCUGCGAACUAAAUCGUCGGAGAAUUCUUUCGAGCAGGAACUAGUUGAUGGUGUUAUCACAUGUGCUCUAGUGCAACAUGUGAAAGAAGCGACAAGGUACGAUCCGGACACUGAAUCAUCCUUAUUAGAUCUUAUACUGACUCACUAUGAGGAUGAUGUUGCGAACCUCCAUCAUAUGCCACCCUUAGGUAAAAGUGACCACGCAGUUUUAACUUUCGACUUCCAUAUAACUGCCAGUCAUGAGGACGCGUCAGUCCAGUCCAGACCCAACGUCUGGAAAGCAAACAUACCAGACAUCAUGCACUCAGCAUCGUUAAUAGAUUGGACAAUAAACCCAGAGUCCUCCAUUGAAACGGCCUGGGAUGCAUUUCGAAAUUCAUACUUAAAAGUUACCACACCUCACAUCCCUUGGACUAUACCAAAGGGGCCGAAAAAGUCGCCACCAUGGUUCAGUAGGGAGGUUCGUAUCCUUCUCCGUAAGAAAAGGAAAAUGUGGGAUAGAUUUAGGUUACUGGGGACUGAUGAGUCAAAAUCUCAGUAUCGAAAGGCUCGGAACACUUGUGCCUCGACCCUCCGUAAGUCUAGAAAAUUGUACGAAGAAAAACUUGUUAAGGAAUCCAUAGAAUGUCCUAAACGCUUGUAUUCCUAUAUAAACCAAAGGACAAGGAGAAAAGGAAAUAUUCCUGCUCUAUGGGGAGACAGUACUGCUUCAUCAUCAGUGGAGGACGACUUUGGUAAGGCUCAAGCGUUCUCGAACUACUUUAGCAACGUGUAUACCAUAGAAGCGCCCUUCCCGUCAGCGUAUACAGAUCCCCCAUACAUACACUGGAUAGCGUGACCAUUAAAGAACUCGAUGUCUUUGGUCUGCUAAAUAAGCUUGACAUAGGUAAAUCCACGAGGCCCGAUGAAUUACAUCCUAGGCUACUGAAAGAAUUAUCUAACUUCGUUGCAAGCCCUUUAAGUACAUGCUUUAACCUAUCCGUUACGCAGGGUCGCUUACCGAAAGAUUGGAAAAACGCCAUAGUAAGUCCUGUCUUCAAAACAGGCACGAAAUACAAACCUGAGAACUACCGCUCCGUUAGCCUAACUAGUGUGGUUAUUAAAAUCUUAGAAAUGAUUAUUCAGAAGGAGCUGUUUAAGUAUCUCGAGAAAAACCGGAUCCUCUCUGAGAAGCAGCACGGUUUCAGAAUAGGUUAUUCUUGUCUCACUAACUUAUUAGUGGCUCGUGAAAGCUGGUGCGCUCUUAAGGACCAAAAGCUACCUGUAGACAUCGCCUUCAUUGAUUUCAGUAAAGCUUUUGAUAAAGUUCCGCACAACCGGCUGUUAUAUAAGUUAAGAAAAGUCGGGAUUGGAGGCAAUUUAUUGAUGUGGAUAAAAGACUUCUUAGUUGGGCGUCAACAAAGAGUAAGGGUGAACUCAAAGUUAUCUAGCUGGGAAACUGUGCUUAGUGGAGUGCCCCAGGGUACAGUUUUUGGGGCCAGUGCUAUUCCUUUUGUAUGUAAAUGACCUUCCUUGUCUCCUAUCAUCAUCGGUCUUGCUAUAUGCUGACGAUGUCAAGAUAUGGAAAACGAUACGAUGUAAGAGUGAUAGCUUAGAACUUCAAAAUGACCUGAAGAGAUUAUCUGAAUGGUCUCAAGCCUGGCAGUUGCCGAUAAAUACUUCCAAGUGUGUUGUGAUGCAUAUCGGUCAUCAAGGUACAGAUGCAUACACGAUGAAUAACACUGAGCUACCUGUCGUCCAGACAUAUAAUGACUUAGGAGUUAUCGUUAGUCAAGACUUAAAGACUACUGCACACUGCCGUGCAAUAGCCGCCAAAAGUUUUAGAACGUUAUGGUCAAUACGUAGGGCUUUUAGUCAUGUCGACGCUAAGACGUUUUUGACCUUGUAUAAGUGUUCGUACGUCCUAAACUUGAGUACUGCAUACAAGCGGCUAGCCCCUGCUUAAAAAAGACAGUGAGCUUCUGGAAAAGGUUCAGAGAACGGCGACUAAGCUGAUUCCCGGAAUAGCGAAGCUUCCGUAUGAAUCUCGACUGGCCAAGCUGAACCUUUUCCCGUUGUCAUAUCGCAGAACUAGAGGCGACUUGAUUACAGUCUACAAAUUGCUUAGUGAUAAAUUUGCACCUAACAUGCCCUCAUUUUUCUUGUCUUCCAAAACAGAGAAUUUACGAGGACACUCCAAAAAACUUCACAAGCCGAGAACAAAUUACUUGUCAGCUGACUAUCGACUUUCCCAUCGAAUCAUCAACGAGUGGAAUUCACUACCUCAGCACGUGGUUGAGGCUCCAUCCGUCGACUCUUUCAAAAGAAAGUUGGAUCAACUGAGAGACCACCAUUGCCAGGACUAACAUAGGCCAUCGAGCCUCCUGUCCUUCCCAAACUGAUUAAUUAUGCGGAUGUGCACAUUCAAAUGGUAUGUAGACACUGUCGGUCAGAACCUGAAAAAUUUAUCUACGUCUGUGAACUAGGAGAAGGUGAAUAUUUAUUCUUUCAUGUUAGUAGUCAUUCUCUUACCAGUUCGCUAUAACGUGACUGUUUAAUCUAAAUUAUCUGGCGUCAAAGUCAUAUCACUAUUCAUUCUUUCUUACUCUGUCAAGGUAGUAAAGUGUACUUUGCUACCUUUGAAAAACUUACACAGUGUUAUAAACAGAAUGUGUUUAACAUUAAGGAAAAGGUAUCGAUGACUACAAUGUACGGAUGUACUCGUU